AUGCCUGAAGCAGAGAGCGCAGGUUUGGCGGUAACAUCUAUAACUACGGAAACAAUACCAGAGAAUGGGCAUUUAGGCGCAGCACCUUCAGACCCGGCCGCAUUGGAAACCCUUACAGGGCUUCCGAAUGGCGAAAUGAAUAUUAAAGAGUAUGAAAUGGCUCAACAACCCUCCAAUGGGAAGCGAAUCAGCGUCGAUGAAGCGAUUGCUCCCACCAAGUUAGAUCUUAAUUCAAGACCAUCCCGAGAAACCUUACGAGUCCCUUACAGAAACGAAAUGAACAUUACCAUAGAGCGUCAAUCACAGUAUACACACACAACAGCACACUCUAGUGGUAUGGACAGGCUGGGGUAUACAGAGUCACAUACGAUUGCCAUACCUGAAGCUUAUUCACAAGCUGAAGCCACAAGUAUUGAUAGACAUAAUCAACAGACAGUGAUCAGUCGUCAUCGUUUUACAAGAGGAAAUUCGUUCAACAUUGGGCCCCAAAAACGAAAGUCGCGAGCAAAGUCUAAUGACAGAUAUGUGAUCCCUGGACAGCGUGUUGUGGAAGGUCACCACAACUAUGUCAUGGCAUAUAAUAUGAUCACUGGAAUCCGAGUGGCUGUAUCCAGAUGUUCAAAGCUUCCAGGGCCUAUUAAAGAUGAGGAUUUUACGAAGGUUUCAAAACUAAUUUUUGACAUGGAAGGGAAUACCAUGACACCAUCUACCAAAUAUGAAUUCAAAUUUAAGGAUUACGCACCCGAAGUUUUCCGUCAUCUGCGUAGCAGGUUUAAUAUUGAUCAGGCGGAUUAUCUGUUAUCGCUAACUGAACGUGUGAGUCUGACUGAGUUAGGCUCUCCUGGGAAAAGUGGAUCCUUUUUCUACUACUCGAGAGAUUACAAAUUUAUCAUCAAAACUAUUCAUCACUCAGAACAUAAGCAUCUUCGCAAAUGUCUCAAGCAAUACUACGAAUAUGUGGAAAAGAAUCCACAAACAUUCAUAUGCCAAUUCUACGGUCUCCACCGUCUCAAGAUGCACUUCACCACAGGAAUUCACAAAGUUCACUUCUUGGUGAUGAACAACAUAUUCCCUCCACACAGAGACUUGCACGAGAAGUUUGAUCUGAAGGGUUCAACGCAUGGGCGCUUCACUGAUGUGAACGCCGCUAAAGCUCAAGGAAAGACGUCUAUAGUCCAAAAGGAUCUCAACUGGCUGCAGGAUCAUCACCGACUCAAUUUUGGACCCACCAAACGUAAGCAGAUUGCAAACCAACUAAGAAGUGACGUCCACCUUCUUGAAACGCUCAAUAUUAUGGACUACUCAUUUCUGGUUGGAAUACAUGACAUAACUCUCGCUACACAGCACGAUCCCUACAACCUGCUACCAAAUUUUGAUCCUCCUGAAAUACGACAACAGUCGGCUUCUACUGCAUCCGACGGAUACUUAGACAGCGAUGGCGGUAUUAGAGCUACAGACGAGCAAGAUAACGAGCUACCUAUUGUGUAUUAUAUGGGAGUCAUCGAUUGCUUAACCAACUAUUCGACUUUCAAAAAGCUAGAAACAUUUUUCCGCACAUUGAAUCAUAAGCGCGAGACCAUCAGUGCUGUACCCCCGGUCGAAUAUGGGCAACGGUUCCUUAGAUUUAUAGAGACAGCCAUGAAGCCUACCUGCAAGCCCGCCUAG